AUGCAUCAUCAAAGCUUAUGUUUUACAAGACCAUCCGAGAAUGUGACAAAUCAGCAAAAUCGAUUGCGCUUUGGUAACAAUGCAGCAACAAACAACAGAAGAUCCCCUACUGGCGAAAUAAGAAGGAAGAAUGCCGGAGUUCGUCAACGAGAUCGAACUUCGAGUGUGCAUACUGAAAAUCCAAUUCAAAGUGAUUCUUUCGUGAAAGUCGAUUCUAACGACAAUGCCACAAAAGACCAAGUAAUGCUCAUGACUGCCGAAGCAAAUAUGUGGAAUAACAAAACAGGCCAAUAUGAGCGAGUUCUUAUAUUUUUUGACACUGGUGCACAGAGAACUAUAAUAAACGAACGUACAGCAGAGGAAUUUGGAUUCCCAAAGCAAAAAACGGAAAUAUGUCUGUCUGGCAAUGGUGGCCAUACUGAGAAAUUUAAAACGUUCUUUGUUCCAUUGAAAAUCUCUACAGUUUUUGGAAAAGAGAUUCGUCUAACGGUUCAAACAAAACCCGUGAUAACUAACGGUUUUCGUUCAGCAUAUCUUUUAGAACAAGAUAAGCAGUUUCUUCAAGAUAACGAUAUUUGUUUGUCCAAUCCAAGAUUGAGAAGUGAACACCAAAAUCCACAAAUUCUAAUUGGAUUAGACUACUGCAACGAAUUUGUUAUGAGUAGCACUAGAACAAGACUACCGUCGGGACUAUAUGUUGCCAGAACAUCAGUAGGUCCAACUCUUCAUGGUCGCAGUACAAGUGCGGUAAAUGUAACUAGCGAAGAGAUUACCCAUAGUCUUACGCUCGUUCAGGAGCCAAGUGAAGCAGAUAUACUUCAGAAGAUUUUCGAAUUGGAUGGAUUAGGAAUUUCCACCAAUGGAUUUUCAAAUGACGAAAAAACAUUUGAGUAUUUUGAAAAGUACACGAAAACUAUAUCAUUUAAGAACAGUGUUGUAACUGCACCCUUUCCUCUUAAGGACAACGUAAUCGAUAUAUCCGAUAAUUAUGCGAUUGCAUACCGUAGGCUCGAGUCCUUACAAAGACAGCUGGCCACCAACAAAGAGCAAAGGUCGUGGUACAGCAAAAUAUUGAAUGAUUACCUCAAAGAUUCCACAAUCGAAGAGGUACAUGAACCAGUCAAAAACGCGGCUGGCACCUAUUAUAUGCCACACCCCGGAGUGUGGAAACCUUCAAAAACGAAACUUCUCAGAAUCGUGUCUGAUGCAUCCUCGAAACAAAGAGGUAGACUAUCAUUAAAUGAUAUAAUUCACACCGGUGAAUCUUUCGUUAAUAAAAUUCAUGAUAUCCUUAUUCGCAGUCGAACUAGCAAGUUUAUAUUAGCAUGCGAUAUCGAAGCUGCAUUCACUCAGAUCAGAAUCGUAAACGAGCACAAAGACCUUUGUCGCUGUCUGUGGGUCAAAGACAUCAGUCGCAUCCCGAUAAAAGACAACAUAGUUGUUUACAGAUUUAACCGUUUGCCAUUCGGCGUUACCGCAUCUCCGGGCAUAUUGAAUAUGGCAAUUCUUCCUUUUUCAAAUCAGAGAAUACCCCACUUUUACAUGAAAUAG